GUAACAAUUCUGUGUCCCUCAGUAACAAUUCUGUGUCCCUCAGUAACAAUUCUGUGUCCCUCAGUAACAAUUCUGUGUCUGUCUCUGAGUAACAAUUCUGUGUCCCUGAGUAACAAUUCUGUGUCCCUGAGUAACAAUUCUGUGUCCCUCAGUAACAAUUCUGUGUCCCUCAGUAACGAUUCUGUGGCCCUAAGUAACGUUUCUGUGGCCCUAAGUAACGUUUCUGUGGCCCUAAGUAACGAU